CAGUGUGCGCGCGAUCGUGACAUUCGCGACUCCGAGAGAUUUAUAUAAAGAGCCGAGCUUGGCAAUUUUCUUCGAAAAAAGUUCCGCGCAGUCAAGUGCAGUGUAAGCGCUGCACAUUUAUAACUUGUAAAGUUUAACGCUGUCAACAAAGAGGCGCCACGCGCUGUUAUUGUGUGUAUGUGUUUUUUUUCAUCCGAUCAGCAGCAGUGACACUGCGACUGUGCGCGAAACUGCGCCAACACAACUCCGAUCUCAGUACACAGACUGCUUUUGCUCGGAGCUGGCCGCCGCGGCAUUAUAGCAGCGCGUGCCGUGCCCCUGAACAAACGAUAAAACGCGUAUAUAAGCCUAAUAUACACCACAAGGCACAUACGCAGCAGCGCGACGACGACGAAUGACAAGUCCAUGAUCGUUGUUUUGUCAAUCUGCCACUGCUGCUUAUAGUAAUAGUAUAUAAGCUGCUGCUACUUCUCGCGUUACGCCGACUAUUCAGUUUUCAUUAUUACAUACGCAUCAAAAGCACAGCUAUACUACCCUCCUCGCUGCUGCUGCUGCUGCUGCUAGUGUUGUUGUUAUCAACGAAGAAGAGAAGAAGACACUCGACAUAGCUGUAUAUAUACAUACUCCUGACAUAGCAUACAUUGCGAAUAUAUAUAUUUUAGCCAAUCGACCGUGUCAAGCACAUUAUCGCACACAAUCGUCGUCGGACGCAAAAGAGAAAGAGAAAGAGAGGCCCGAGCGAGACACACAGGCGCACACAACACGGAUUAACUAUUGUAUAUCGUCGUAUGUACGCAGCGAGGGGCAGACGAUAUAAAUAUAUAUAUCACGCAUCAAUCGACACACGCAUCGAAGAGCGAGGAGUUUCGAGAGUUCGCUCGCGAUUUAACGCACGAGUCAUCAUUCGCGACGAACGACAUGAAUAUCCAUGAUGGAGGUGGUAGAAUUAAUAAACAGGUUUAACGAUAGUAUUGGAUCCUAUGCAUUUUCACGAUGGAUAGGUUAUUUAAUUAGUGAAUAUAGAAACUCAAGCACAUUGCUAGCAGUAUCAAUUAGUACAUUACUAAUUAUUCUGGUAGUAUCUGUAUAUAUUUUACGAAGAUGGAAAACCAAGGAACUCUUGCCCCAUGUGAGGGAGUUUGUUGGCGCAGGCUCUCGGCCAAGAUUCAGAAAAAGGGACAAAGUCCUAUUCUAUGGACGAAAAAUGUUGCGAAAAGUCAAAUCCAUAAGUGGUCAAGUACAUGGCACAGAAAAAGGAAAGAAACGGAAAGCAGUAAUGAGAUUUGCUAGAAAAUUAUUACAAUUAAAGAAAGAAAAUGCUCCACAGCAAUUGAAAGUAUUAGAACCACCUGCAGCAUAUUUGGAAGAAGAUAUAGGUCCUGGUGAUAGAGUACCGCCAGAUGCACUGUACAUUUUACAAAGCAUUAGAGUCUUUGGACACUUUGAUAAGCCUGUUUUUCUUAAAUUAUGUAAACAUACAGAAAUAAUUAACUUACCAGCAGGAACUCCAUUGUUCAAAAUUGGAGAUCCUGAUGAAAAUGUGUUUAUAGUUCAACAGGGUUUAGUUAAUGUUUAUAUUACUGGAUCUGAUGGGUCUCAGAUCUCACUUAAAAUAGUCAAAACUGGAGAAUCAGUCACUAGUCUUUUGAGUUUUAUCGAUGUUUUAACAGGUCAUACCAGUACAUACAAAACAGUAGCUGCAAGAACUGUGGAAGAUUCUGUUGUAGUGAAGCUGCCUAUGAGUGCUUUCCAAGAGGUAUUUCAAGAACAUCCUGAUGCCUUUGUCCGGGUCAUUCAAGUUAUUAUGGUUAGACUUCAACGAGUUACCUUCACUGCUCUGCAUCAAUACUUAGGGCUUUCAGCUGAAUUAGUUAAUCAAGGAAGAGAAAAAAAGAAGUAUAGCACUGUUGGAUCUCCAACAAAAUCAAGACAGCGUGAAAGUUUUAUCAUGCCUCCAUCAGACAAUGUAAUAAAUUCCCAAUCUGGAGUUUCUGAACAGGUACAUCUUGAUGCUCCAUCUAAAGAGCUUGCAAACAUGAGUACAAGUUCAUCUCAGCCAGUUCCAAUCAGUUCGGGUCGCAGGUCUAAAAGUAGCAUCGAAUGGAAACUUCCAAUUACUAGCUCCAUGCUGAGCCAGCACACUCCUGAUAUGGUACCAGAAAGUGAUUCUCAUUGGCCAAAUUCUGCUACUUCAAAUCCUUCACCAGCAAAUCAAUCUGCGGAGCCACCGACUGAAUUCAUCAGUGCCGGCAGUGGUGGUGGAUUGCACUCUGGUAGCUCGAGUAGAAAACAUUCUAAAAUGGAGCAACAAUCGCAAACACCCCUUGACGAAGCAACAAUCGUCCAAAUGGCUACUGAAGCCUUUGUCAAAGAACUGGGUCUGGAAGAUGACUCGCUUCUAAAAGACGGCAAAGUUUUGAUUCGCGAGGUACCCGCUGGUACUUAUCUUAUGAAAGAGGAAUCUCAUAAGGAUGUUGCUCUAGUGUACGUUGUAUCAGGAUCAUUAGUUAUAAGUCAACGAGUUUCCGAAGGCCCUGACGCUGGCGAUGAUGUACACAUGUUUAGUGCUCAUCAAGGAGAAAUAGUGGGUGGAUUGGCUGUGUUAACAGGAGAACCAUCAUUUUAUACAAUUCGCGCGAAGCACUCAAGUCGAAUAGCUUUGCUCAGCAAAUCCACAUUCUUUUUUAUAAUGCGUGAAAAGCCCACGGUAGUUUUGCACGUAGCGAAUACAGUGGUCAAACGUCUCAGUCCCUUCGUACGUCAGGUCGAUUUCGCUCUCGACUGGCAAUUCUUGGAAAGCGGCCGUGCGGUCUAUCGUCAGGGUGAUGAGUCCGAUUCGACUUUCAUCGUCCUGAGUGGUCGCUUACGAUCCGUCAUCACCUACGACAACGGCAAGAAAGAACUGGUCGCCGAGUACGGAAAGGGCGACCUCGUCGGAAUCGUGGAGAUGGUCACGCAGACGGCUCGUUCGACCACCGUCAUGGCCGUGCGCGACUCCGAGCUUGCCAAGCUCCCAGAGGGAUUGUUCAACGUCAUCAAGCUGCGCUAUCCCAUCGUCGUUACGAGACUGAUAAAUCUGCUCGGACAUCGGCUGCUCGGUACAUGGAAACAGUCGCGCCCGAAAUCGUCAUCAUGUACUCAAGAUGCCAGACAAGCGACGGUGGAUACAAGGCCAUCUCAAGUGAAUUUUUCAACAGUUGCCAUAGUUCCAGUUUCGGACGAUGUUCCUUUGACCGCAUUUACCUAUGAACUCUAUCACUCUCUUUGCGCUAUCGGUCCCUGCUUACGACUGACUUCCGAUGUCGUUAGAAAAACUCUGGGUACUUCGAUCAUGGAGCCGAUGAACGAGUACCGCUUGACCUCGUGGCUGGCUCAACAAGAGGACCAGCAUCGCAUCUCGCUGUACCAGUGUGACGCCAAUUACACGGCGUGGACGCAGCGAUGCGUGCGACAGGCCGACUGCAUUCUCAUCGUCGGUUUGGGCGAUAGACCGCCGACCUUGGGCCGCACGGAGCGCGAGGUCGAGCGGCUCGCCAUGCGAACCCAAAAGGAGCUCGUGCUUCUUCACAAGGAGCAGGGCGGACAGCGACCCACCAACACGGUGCAGUGGCUCAACAUGCGCUCGUGGAUCUCCAGUCAUCAUCACAUACAGUGUCCUAAACGCAUGUUCACUCGAAAGUCUCAGUACCGAAUCAAUGAGUUGUAUUCAAAAGUCUUGAUGUCGGAGCCGAACGUUCAUAGUGAUUUCAGUCGUUUGGCGCGAUGGCUGACCGGGACAUCGGUUGGUCUGGUGCUUGGUGGCGGAGGUGCUCGUGGCGCGGCUCAUGUCGGUAUGCUCAAAGCCAUCAUCGAGGCUGGCAUUCCGAUCGACAUGGUUGGAGGUGUCAGCAUCGGUGCCUUCAUGGGAGCGCUUUGGUGCAUGGAGAAGAAUAUAACCACAACCACACAGAAAGCUCGCGAAUGGUCGCAGAAAAUGACACAGUGGUGGCGGCAAAUUUUGGAUCUCACGUACCCGAUGACAUCGAUGUUUUCCGGAAAAGAUUUUAAUAAUACUAUCCACGGCACAUUUGGGGAUGUGUAUAUCGAGGACUUAUGGCUCCCUUAUUUUACGAUAACCACCGAUAUUACCGCUUCUUGUAUGCGCAAGCACACACACGGGUCGCUUUGGCGGUACGUUCGGGGUUCGAUGUCUUUGUCCGGUUAUAUGCCUCCCAUGUGCGAUCCCACCGAUGGCCACCUUCUCCUCGACGGCGGGUACGUCAAUAACCUUCCAGCUGACGAAAUGUUGAGGCAAGGCGCGCACCACAUCCUGGCCAUCGACGUGGGCAGCCAAGAGGACACGGACCUCACGAACUACGGCGACUCGCUGAGCGGCUGGUGGCUGCUCUGGAAGCGCUGGAAUCCCUUCGCCACCCCCGUCAAGGUGCCCAAUCUGCCGGACAUACAGUCGCGGCUGGCCUACGUCAGCUGCGUGCGCCAGCUCGAGGAGGUCAAGAGCUCGGACUACUGCGAGUACAUCAGGCCGCCGAUCGAUCGCUACAAGACCCUGCAGUUCGCCAGCUUCGACGAGAUCAAGGACGUCGGCUACAAUCACGGUAAAACCUACUUCGAGGGACAGUCGAAAGCAGGAAUACUACCGAGAUUCAAUGCCGAUCGCGAGACGGCGCGUGCUCUGCGAGCCAAGCAUCACGCGGCUUCGCAGCAGCAGCAGCCGCCCUCGUCCUACACCUUCACCGAUCUCGCCCAGAUGGUCUGCAAGGUGUCGCGGGGCAAUUAUCCCGAUCUAGACUCCGACUCCGACGACGGCAUGGAGGAGUACGAGGCCGACCUCGAGGAGGACGCGCAAGAGGUCGGCGGAUACGCAUCCGAGCCCACGGUCGGCAUCAUGGAUCAGAGUCCCGACGAGACCCGUUUACGACGGAGAAUAGGAGUUGUGAGCUUCUCUGAUACCGAAGCCGAGACCGACAUGGAAUAUCAUCAUCGCUUGAGCGACAGAGACGCUGCCCACCAAAAAUUUUUCAAGUACGGCAAUUCCAAGCUUGAAAUGUGACGUUUUAUUAUUCGAAUUUUCUUAAGCUAAGAAUAAAACAAGGUUUCUUUUUUAAAUAAUAA